AUGUCCGCCAAGUCAAUCCUCGAAGCCGAUGGCAAGGCCAUCCUCAACUACCACCUCACUCGCGCCCCCGUCAUCAAGCCUACUCCUCUCCCUCCUUCGACCACCCACAACCCUCCCCCCAGACUCGCUUCUCUGUACUUCCCCGACGACCUUGCCGUGAAGGAUGUCCUCGACCAGGCAGAGGUUACAUACCCGUGGCUGUUGGCCCCCGGAUCCAAGUUUGUGGCUAAGCCCGACCAAUUGAUCAAGAGACGAGGCAAAAGCGGUCUGCUCGCUCUGAACAAGACUUGGGCUGAGGCUAGGGAAUGGAUUGAAGCUCGUGCUACAAAGGAACAAAAGGUUGAGACCGUCGUCGGUGUGCUCCGCCAGUUCCUCGUCGAGCCCUUCGUUCCUCACCCCCAGGAAACCGAGUACUACAUCAACAUCCACUCAGUGCGUGAGGGUGACUGGAUCCUCUUCACCCACGAGGGUGGUGUCGAUGUCGGUGAUGUUGAUGCUAAGGCGGAGAAGCUUCUAAUCCCCGUCAACCUCAAGAACUACCCCUCCAACGAGGAGAUUGUUUCGGCUCUUCUCAGCAAGGUCCCCACGGGCGUCCACAACGUCCUCGUGGACUUCAUCUCCCGCCUCUACGCUGUCUACGUUGACUGCCAGUUCACCUACCUUGAAAUCAACCCUCUUGUGGUCAUCCCUAACGCUGAUGCUACUUCUGCCGAAGUCCACUUCCUUGACUUGGCUGCUAAGCUCGACCAAACUGCUGAGUUCGAGUGUGGUACCAAGUGGGCUGUUGCUCGUAGCCCGGCUAACCUUGGCCUGGCUGCUGCUCCCACAUCUGAUAAGAUCAACAUUGAUGCUGGUCCUCCCAUGGAGUUCCCCGCUCCCUUCGGUCGUGAAUUGAGCAAGGAGGAGAAGUUCAUUUCAGACAUGGAUGCCAAGACUGGUGCCUCCCUCAAGCUCACUGUUCUUAACGCCAAUGGCCGUGUCUGGACUCUUGUCGCUGGUGGUGGUGCCUCGGUCGUCUACGCGGAUGCCAUUGCCUCUGCUGGUUUCGUCAGCGAGCUCGCCAACUACGGUGAGUACUCCGGUGCCCCCACCGAGACUCAGACUUUCAACUACGCCCGCACUAUCCUCGACCUAAUGCUCCGUUCUCCCGUUCACCCCGACGGAAAGGUCCUCUUCAUCGGUGGCGGUAUUGCCAACUUCACCAACGUUGCUUCCACCUUCAAGGGUGUCAUCCGCGCGCUGCGGGAGGUUGCCCCUGUUCUAAACGAACACAAGGUCCAGAUCUGGGUUCGCCGCGCCGGUCCUAACUACCAGGAAGGUCUUAAGAACAUCAAAGCUGUCGGCGAGGAGCUUGGCCUCGACAUGCACGUCUACGGACCUGAGAUGCACGUCAGUGGUAUCGUUCCUCUUGCCCUCCAGGGCAAGCAAACUGAUAUCAAGGAGUUCGGUUCUGCGUAA